GAAAUAGUACAUGCCCCCCUUCAAGCCGCCUGUAGCGCCACAGUAGAUACACUGUGGCUCACUGUGCGCUCUCGGUACCGUGUUCCUUGGUGUUUAAACAGCGAUUUUGGCCAGCGCCAGACGACCCUCCAUCAAACACUGUCUCACCACAGGCGCUUAGUCGAUGCGCCAAAAAGCAUUCAAACACGCGAGCAGCGACAGAAAAUUGCACUGAUUACAGCUUGUGGCAUGGAAUGAAAUGCCGUCUCUCAGCAAACUCUUUGGCCGCAAGCCAAAGAAGCAGUCGUCUAACUUGCUGUCUCCCGAGGAUGCGGUGAGUGGCCGGUCUCGCACCUCUUCGGUUGCUGGAUCCGAUGCUCCAUCAGAUAUCAGCUCCCAGUCCGCAGACAAUAGACAAGAUGGCAUAGAGAGUAGUACCGCAGAAGCAUCUCAGCAGACAGGUGCGCUACCCACAGAGCAGGAACAACCAGUUGUGGCCACCUCAAUCGCGCAACCAGAGGCGGCACCUAGCUCACUGUGGGAGCGCGCCUACGAAAGUCUCCGGGAAGACAACUCAUCUCUUAUCAAAGAGUAUGAAGAGCUAUUGGCAAAACAUCUGUCAUCCGACCUAUCCCUUACUAGCGCCUCCGAAACUUCUCUGGACCAGGAAAAGAUGCAACAAAUCACCAAACACGGCCUGGAAAGUUUGAAUGAGAGUCGUCUCAAGUAUACCAUAGCUGGCAUGGAGUUUGUGGUGAUUGAUCAGGUUGCCCAGGUCAGCGAAGCUCUGAUAAAGUUCAAGGAGUAUGUGGCGGACGCGAUAAAGGCAUCUCCAGAAGCUUCAAUGGCAUGGGCUGGUGUGUGCGUUAUCCUCCCACUCUUCACCAACCCUAGCACGGUAGAGGCCGCGAACAAAGAGGGCUUCUCGUAUGUGGCAUCACGGAUGGGAUUUUAUUCCGGACUGGAGCCAUUACUCUGGCCGCAACGGGUACAACUAAGGCAGGACUUGCGAACCGAGCUUGCGACGAGCUUGGUCAAGCUCUACACAGCGCUCAUUACAUUCCACGUCGAAAGCGCCCUGAGGUUCUAUCGCAAUUGGUUUGGGCGAACAAUACGAGACAUGGUAAAAUUUGAACCAUGGGAAUCAAUGUUGAAAUCUGUAAAGGACGCAGAAGCUGUUGUUGGCACUAAUUUCGACAAAGUUAAUGACGUGAGCGUCCGGAAGGGGGUCGAAGAGCUUGGUGACAUUUCAGCAAGGUUAUUGGAAGGGUUGCAAACCCAAACGGAAGUUGCUACACAGCAAUUGGAAGUAUCCAAGGAACAAGUUGCUGUUUCAAAAGAUCAGCUCUCAGUAUCAAAACAGCAACUCGAUGCUAUAACGCAACUGGCAUCAUCUCUAAGCAUUAAUAACACCCAUAUCAACCUCAACAUUGUACCCGAGGCUCAGUACCACAGCGCUGACACAGCAGAGGCACCGAGAUGUCUCGAGGGUACUCGAGCAAGUAUUCGCAAACGACUCCUGUCCUGGAGCGACUCUACAAAUGGGCCAAACAUCUUCUGGCUCAAUGGAAGUGCAGGCACGGGCAAGUCAACCAUUGCACGAACCAUCGCAGACACACUUGAGGGUAACGGUACCUUGGCUGGCGGCUACUUCUUCAAACGGGGUAACGAAACGAGAAAUAGGAUGGUAGGAGUGCUCCCAACUCUGGUCCAUCAAGUCAUUCGGCAUAUUGCAGGACUCAAGGUUUGCGUAUCGGCUAGCCUGGGGUCUGAGGAUGGCGAUGCUCUGGAUGCCAUGUCUUUGGAAUUCCAAUUUGAAAAGCUCUUUGAUGUCCCUCUGCAAACCCUCGAGCCCUUGUACAGGGAUUACAAGCCUCAAGUCAUUAUUAUUGAUGCGCUGGACGAAAGCAUAGAACAAAACUUGGCGUUCAAAUUGAUCUUUGAGCUUGCUAAACUUGGGUCUAAGCAGCCGCGAUUCAACAUUCUAGUCACAAGUCGCGCAACGACAGAUCUUGAGCUGGUGUUUGAGAAUCUAGCAGAAAAAGGAAAAGUAUACGAGAUUCUUCGUCUCCAGGACGAAUUUGCAGAAGAAACGAAAGAAGAUAUUGAAGCAUUUCUGAGGAGCAGCUUCGCGGAGAUUCGGAAGAAGAAGAAGAUCAAGCGUGAUCCUUGGCCAACGGAAGAAGAUGUCCAGCUACUGCUUUCGAGAGCUACGGAUCCAUCACCCUUGUUCGUGUACGCUUCAUCAUUGCUUCGCUUCAUUGAUAGAUUUUCGCCUACAAAACAACUCGAGAAAUGGCUCCAGGUUUCCAGUACCAGCAACGACCAGCUGUAUGAAAUCUACCAACCAAUCCUAACAGACGCGUUUCUACCACUUGACGAUGAGCAACUGGAUGCUGCCAAAUCUAUCCUGCAAUUGGUCAUUGUCGCGGUCACUCCAGUGUCUGCGUUAACCAUAUCAGAGCUGCUUGACAUGGAUUGCGAUGAUGUUCACGAAAUCCUGCGCCAGUUCCAUGCCGUCAUACAGCAAUCGGAAGAUUCUAGUCGGCCGAUAUCUCUUCACCACAAAUCUUUCAGCGACUAUCUUCUCUCUGAGCCCACAUCAGUACCGCUAGCAGCUGAAUACCGGAUCAACCCUAUAGAAGGACACCAAAUGUACGCGUAUAAAUGCUUAGAACUUAUGAAUGCACGGCUAAAGAGAGAUAUCUUGAACUUGGGGGAUUUCUCGUGGGAAGAACGCACAGUCUCUGACGAACAACGCGAGGUCAUCACAGGGGGUCUGGCAUAUUCAUGUAAACAGUGGAUGCUCCAUGCAACGCAUUCUCGCAUAAUCAAAUCAGAUACAAGCGCCGUGGAAUCCUUUCUGAAACGACAUUUCCUCCACUGGCUUGAAUGCCUUGUAUGGAUCAAUGCCUUUUCACAGGCAGUGUCAUGUGUCAUCGACUUUGAAACCGCAGCUGUGGCAAUUCUUCCGCCUUCAUCUUAUUUAGUGUUGUUCCUGUCUGACGCAAAGCGCUUCAUACCCACAUUGAAUGAGUACAUCUUUAAGUACCCAUUGCAGCUAUACUCUACAGGCCUUGUCUUUGCUCCUACAGGAAGCUUGUUGAGAAAUGAAUAUUGGCAUGAUGCCCCAAAAGAGGUUUCUCAAGUAGGGGGUAUUGAGACAGAGUGGGAUACGGCACUACACCUGUUAUACGAAACCAUAUCAGGUUCAAUGUUCGCAUUCUCAUCGAACGGAACACUACUAGCCUCAGCGUCUUGGUAUGGAUGGGUUGUUAUAUUCGAUAUGUCCUCCGGUAUUGAAACAAUGAAGUUCCAAUCACGGAGAAGAAUAGAGGCCAUCGUCUUUUCGCCAGAUUCCAAUACGCUUGCCGUGUUAGAUACACGUGGAUCGAUGCAUUUCUGGAACAUCCAUUCAGGCUUACUUGAAAACACUAUAGAGAACUGCCCGAACCUGCUCAUGAAAAUUAAUACUCGGCAAGAUAAGAGACAGAUAACGACUCAAAGGCUGGAUUUUCCAGAUGAUGGCAGAGCGUGGGAUGUCUCAGCGUGGCGAAUGGUGCAGAUUACCCCACGACUUGAGCGAGAGGGCAUGGACGCCUUUGUUUCCGAAUUCAUGACCAAAUAUGAAAAUACUUUCAAUUGGUUUCACGCUUUCUCAGAUGAUGGAUCAAUAGUGGCUUCGCCGACCGCUACAGGUGCCAUAGCCGUCUGGGAUACUGUCUCAGGACGCCUAAAGGCAAAGUUUGGCGCACAUGAAGGCGUCGUUUGUGAAUUGCUGAUAUCACCGAAUGCGUCUACAAUUAUUUCAAACGCCACGCCGCUAGAGGAUUACCGUAUAACCGAGAAAUAUGCGUGGGAUAUUGCGUCUGGUACCAAAAUUCAAGAUUUUGAAGAGUAUGGCGAUGUUCUCAGUUUUCAUCUUGUGUCAGAAGCAUUUCUUCGACAUGCCAAUAAAGUGUGCUUUCCUACAGAAUCUGGUAUGGCUCUUUGGGAUAUUGAUUCCAGGGAGCUGACCCAUGCUGUAUUUGAGCAGCCAGCAGUAACAAAACCGGCUAUGUCAUCCGAUGACAAUCUCUUUGCAGACGCACUCCCGGAUAAACAUGCCGUAAGGGUAUACCGCCCUUCGUGGAAGUUGACAGGCAGUACGCAGGAGACCCGCCAAUACUUGAAAAAGAGACACGGUAACGUGCAAGUUCGACAGUUUGCCAUAUCCUCGAAGGGCAUUAUUGCCAUACAAUAUGACGAGGUUAUUGAUUUCAAAGAACUUGCUACAGGCCGUCACCUGUACAAGGACACAUUUGUGGACUUAAGUCUGCUCAAUGGAGCGCGAUUUUCAGACAAUGGUGAGAGAGUCAUGUACAGGCGGAGUGAAGGAGAUUUGAUUGUUCGAAAUACACACGACUUUUCGCAAGCCUUCUCAAUAACCACCGCCCAUCAGACAGGUAGUGACUACCGCUUAAACUGGUCAUAUGAAUCACUAUCACCCGAUGGAAACCUCUUAGUGGUUUCCCGUGUAGGUUUACCAGUGACAGUGUAUGAUAUAAACUCGGGCCUGAUUGUUGGUUGUUUGGACGAAGUGGAGGCCAGCCCCGAUCCGUGCUACUUUUCGCCGUUGUCCGAUGGCUUAACAUGUUACGAAGUCGUCGAAAAUAACGUUAGCGUAAGCGGGACUAUGGAUACAAUCUUGGUGUACUUUGAGUCAAAUGGGGAAUCAUGGCACCGCCGGUGGCGUGCUGCUGAUCAAGUAUGCAAAUGCUUCACGCAUGAUGGCUCCCAACUGUUAACUCGCCGAACUUCAGACCUUCUAAUAUUGGAUGGGUCGCGAUGGGAGAUCUUAUCUGCCUCUGAUGGUAGUAGAUUGCUAUUUGUUACCCCCAUGGAGGCGGUGAGAGAGAUGGAUUACCUGCUGGACUUCGAAUGGUUUCGAGUAUCGACCGACAUGAUGAUUCCGACCCAAGCGGUAAAGUAUCUAAAAAGCGCGAUGAGCUAUCUUAACAUAGAGACUGGAGAACUAGAACUCACACCUGAGCUGACAGUUCCUGUUGAUGUGUUAUUUAGAGAUGGAUGGCUGAUAUACAAUGGCAAGCCCAUUAUUUUUGUUCCCAAGUCUUUCAGCACCCGUUACCCUGAGUUCGGCACAUGGAAGAACAGGGUUUAUCUAGUUAUUAAAGACCGCUUGAUCUGGCUGGAUAUGGCUAUACCCGCAUAGCCGUAUUACUUUAUAUAGGUAUGGCUGUUUCAAUCAAUUGUAACAAGACAGAAAGAUAAUCGGUUGCUUAUGUGUAAACUUUCUUGUGUGUUAACAAAGUGUAUACAUUGGAAGUUUCUUGUGCGCCGCCAACGCCCACUACCCCUAGGUCGAAACAACGCCGACCAGUGAGUCUGUGCCCUAAAGUCGGCCGACCGACGGCGAUAUCUUCGAAUAUGAUAGAUGGAUUAUGUGAUCGAUUAUAGGAACGGCUAUUCAUGUUGAGGAGGAGAUGCCAUGCCAAGUGCAGCGAGCCCAGGGCUGGGCACUACAAGGGAUCGCGCCAAUCUACCUCGCAAGAGAAGACUUAUCUAUCACAGCCUAUAAGCAAGACGGAGAAAUCUAAACAAGUAUAUUGCGUGGUUCAACGGAAAGCCAAGUUUGUGAAGACUUUAUCAGGAGUCUCUUGCCUUUUUGUAACCGCUUUCCAGAGCCUGGGUUUAUGUUGGGGAUAGAUAAUGUUUGAUUUCCUCGACUAAGAUAGUUAGUAUCUUCUUUGAAGUGUGUAUCCGGUUCGUCAGACAAAAGAGAGAAGCCGAGGGUCGCUCCCAACAUUCUGGAGUCUCUAUAGAAUAUCCUAAAUAGCUAAUUAAUUGAAUCUUAUCACCGUAUUUUGAGUAUAGCCUAAUUUUGCAGAUCGGACUCUGCCCAAAAC